GCUUUUCUCAAACCCACACCUUCAAAGCAAACAUGUCGCCUGCAAAGGCUUCCAGUAGCUCCGCUAGCAAGGCUGCUAAAAAAGCUGAGAAAGCUCCACAUGCGAGCGUUGCAAAGAGGCAUCCCCAACCUGCUUCCACCAGCGAGUAUAGAGAUAUUGGCAGUUCAAAUAUACCAGAAGGAAGUGUAAAAACAAAGAAGCCGGAUGGAAGUGAUAAUACGGUACAGAAUGUACCACACCCUUCGUCGUUACAACGUCGUUCUCGCCGUCAGAAAAAGAAAUCGAGUGUUCUUCGAAAGCUUAUAGCGAGAUGUUCCUUUGUUUAUUUGGUUUAUGCAACCUUUUGGCAAUGCCCGUCUUAUGCCAACGACAAGGGAGCCUUCGGGUCAGAUGGCCCGCUCUUAUGCGCUGGCAUAAACGAAGUGAAAGCGGACAUACGAUACCUAUUCAGCCACCCAUUAUACAAGCAACAUAUCGGCCAACAUGUCGAUCCUUAUCUGACCCAAGCACAAGAGCAUUAUACUCAGCAUGUCGCUCCGUUGGUGUCUACGUCGAAGUAUUAUGGCUCAAAAUAUGGUGCUCCUGCUGCUCAAAAGGCGAACGGACUGUACAAUCAACAUGUUCACCCCCUCUAUCUGAAAGCCCAUGAUCACGCUAAGAAGCAGUAUGACGUACAUGCCAAGCACCAUGUAGACCGUUAUUACACUGAAGCGGAACAACGUUAUAGGAAACAUGUUGGGCCUCAUGUAGAUUAUGCUACAACCGCUGCCCAAAAGUUGCAAGGUGAUGCUCUGAAGUUUCACAAGGAAAAGGUUGUCCCCUUCAAUGAAGCAGCUGGCCAACGUCUCCAGAAAACCUAUUUGACGACUAAACCCGUUGUAGACAAGGCUAUCAUCCAAUCUAUUGACUUCUACCACAAGAAGUUCCAACCCGCUGCUUGUGCUGCCUUUGAUACACUCUGGCACCUGAUAAAAGAGAUUGCUUACAGAAUUCAAGUGAUAUCUGUAGACGCUGCAAACAAGGCUUCCGUUUGGUCCAAAGAUGUCUACGAAAACCACGCCCAACCCUAUUACCAAAAGAAGGUAGCGCCAUUGGUGGCUCAAAAGUAUCAACAAUACCUCGAACCAAGUGUCAUCGAAGCAAAGAAAUUCAUUUUUGCUCAUGUUGACAAGGAGUUAGUGGAUCAAACUUGGAAUACUGCCAAAAUGAACGUAGACGUAGUCUACCGCUUUGUCGAGAGACAUGCUCUUCUGGCCAGUGCCAUUACGGUUGAAUUUGUUCAAAAGCAACGCGAGAGAUAUGAAGCAAACCGUGCCAAAGCUGCUGAAGCUGCCAAGUCAGUUCAAUACGAGGCUUCUGCAUCCGCUUCAGUUGCUGCUGCCCACAUUUCCAAAAUGAUGACCGAACAGGAAUCCAGCAUUAAAGUUGCUGGUGCUCAAGCAACCGUCGUUGCUGGAGAGAUGAAGGGCAAGGCAAAAGGAGCUGCUCAUCACUUUGCUACCGAGGCUGCAAACAUGGCCAAAAGUGCUCAAGACAAGGUGUACGGUGCUGCUGGUAACGUUUACUCGCAGGCUAAAGAGGGCUCCAGCGCCGCAGUCUCUCAAUUUGAAAAGGCAAAGCAAGCUGUUGCUAGUGGCCUUCAUCAUGGUGUUACCGAGGCCUCCAAUCUUGGUGCUCGAGGCACCGCUAAAGUGGUUGAUGUCGCAAAGAGUGCUUCAACUGCUGCGUCUUCCGUAGCUCAAGCACCUGCUAUCACUCCCCUAGCAGGGAUCAGCAGUGGCAAAUCGUCUGCGUCUCAAACCACUGCUGAUACAUCCUCGCAACCCACCGUAUCUGUUGCCCCUACUAAUACUCCCGAAAGCGUUGAGGAAGAAGAUAAUGCUCAUGUCACUAAUGGAAAAAACGGAUCUAAACAAGGCACCCAAGAUGGCGCUCAGACAAUCGCGGCUCCUUUCCGUGAUGCCACCAAGGCGAAUGUCGAUAAUGCGUCUGCCGAACAAAGCACACUAUCUCCUAUAAACGAACGCCAGCAAGAAAUUGUAAACGAUCCUAAACAGGAUGUCACUGAAGAACUUCCUGUUCUUGAAGAAGCCCCUAUUAUUCCUGGCGAGGAGGAAAAAAUUGAGGAAAAGUUUAAUGUGCAAGGUGAGGCACCUGUGCCUUUGCCUGUUUCCGAAAAUAGCUCAGUUGAUGAAGACGUUCAAACUGUCCAAGGACGUGUACCAAUCCCCAUUGUAGAACCUGAGCAACCCGUUUUGCCCAUCCCUGUUGAACAGCCUAAAGAAGCUGUUGUACCCACCUCUGAUGAACAGCCUGAACAAGCCCAGUCUGCUGAGGAUACUGACAGUCAAAUUGCUGGUCCUGUUGUCCCUGAGCUACAACCCAAGGGUGAUGGCGACCUGAGCAAGCUACCUCCAAACGACAUGGGUGAGCACUUCGAUGACAGCGAAUUCAAGCAAGCCCCCAUUCGCUCAGAAGAGAAAGGCUAUCUUGAUAGUAUUGUCACCGACCAAAUUGAGGACAUCAUCAAGUCAGCAGAUAUCAUCCGCACUGAGUUGGAAGAAAAGUAUGAUGAUAUUGAACGGGCUGCUCUGGAAAACAUUCAGGCCGGUGCGAAUGCCAUCGAAGAGGAGUCAAAGAGCCUUGUAUACCAGGUGAUUCAGACCUUCCAAGACUUUUACCAAUCCCAAACUGCUGAUUCCACCCGAUCGAAUGAAGAAAAGCUCGUAGCCAUAGACGAAAAGUACAAGGCUACGCUUAAAUUCCUCUCGGAUUUGUUGACAGAUCAGCGCUCCAUUUCUUCACAGUCUGCUAGACAAGCCAAAUCAUCGGUGACGGCCGCUCAGAAAUCGGCAGAAGGUCAAAUUCGACAACGCUUCAAGGAAGGUUUACAUCGUCUUCGAAGUGGAACUCAAGAAGUGUCUGGGUUGAGCGAACGUCUGCAUCGUGAACUCACCACUAAGUUGGAAGAUGCACAACUCCAAGCCCUCAAGACUGUACAUUCUGCUGAAAAAGUGAUUGCCGUCGAACAAAAGUUGUUGGAUGCUCAUACCCACCGACUCACUUCUAAACUUGAUCGACUGGAAGCUACAGCUACUGGAGAAUUAAACAAGUGGCAUCAACAGGCUCAGCAGGUCUUUUCCAUGUCUGAACCCUUGAUUGAUUUGGAAUCCCCUAGUGUCGAUGUGGACUUUGAAGGCUUUGAAAUCGAGCAUCAACCUAUUCCCGAAGAGACUAGCCCGGCGAACGUAGAUGAUGAGGAAAACGUCACACCUGUUGAACCUGUCGUUGAACAUGUCCAAAAGGACCUUCAGCAUCAGCAAAUCAUCGAUGAUCACAUUCGCAAAGCCCAAGAAAGAGCAGCUCGCGUUGCCAAAACUGUGGAAGAUUGGGUCGAAGCUGCCAAGCGAAAGUCCGCGCGCACUGAAGCGCCAUCUCUUUAAUCCAUAUCAUUCUGGACUUACCUUUCAUUGUCGCCGCUCAUUCUUUUGGCCUUCUUGUUCUAAAUAUUUCUUUGAGUUCAUUCUCCCUGUUACACAUAAAAAUUACAUCCAUAUCAGCAUGGAUAUGCAUGUAGGCAAUCAAUGCAUUAUUAUUAAAAGGAUCAUGUUUAAAAAAAUUUAUUUCUUUUGGGCCAGUUCUUUACAAGUGUCGUACGC